AUGCCCGCUAUCGACAGCAAGAAGGCCGCACACGAAUGUGUAUCUGAUGAAGCCCUCUCGCACCUUAGAACCUACAAAUAUUCGAGCGUGGACAAGUCGUACAUCUCCAGAUACAUUCUUAAACAUUACUGGAAUGCCGCUGUGGAAUUUCUGCCACUAUGGCUUGCACCGAAUAUGGUGACGCUUCUCGGCUUCUUUUUCAUACUGGGAAACGUUGUCUUGUUAAGCAUUUUCAUGCCUGAUCUAGUAGGACCGGCUCCUAGCUGGCUCUACUUCAGCUUCGCAAUCGGACUAUGGAUGUACUCGACAAUGGACAACAUUGACGGUAAGCAAGCCCGACGAACCGGUACUUCAAGUGGUCUGGGAGAACUUUUCGACCACGGCAUCGAUUCUCUCAAUUGCACACUAGCUAGCCUGCUAGAAACUGGAGCCAUGGGAUUUGGACCAUCGUAUACGGGCGCUUUCACUGCACUCGUGCCAUGCCUACCAAUGUACUUCUCGACAUGGGAAACCUACCAUACGCACACGUUGUAUUUGGGUUAUUUCAAUGGACCAACAGAAGGACUCAUCAUCGCGACGUCUAUCAUGCUUCUCUCGGGUGUUUACGGGCCCCAAAUCUGGUCAACCCCGGUUGCAUCACACAUUCCCGCCGCAUCUGCGUACAUCGGAGAUGAAAUUGGCGUACGAGACUUCUGGGUGCCGCUUUUGCUUGGUAGUUUUUUCGUCGCACAUCUCCCUGAGUGUGUGACAAACGUUAUACGUGCACGUCGCGAAAAAGGCCUGCCCAUUGCACCGGUAUUUCUCGAGUGGAUACCGAUGGUCAUAUUCUGUGUUGCAACCAUAGCGUGGCUCGGUUCACCUUACUCCAUCCUUCUCAGCUCCAACCAUCUCGUCCUUUACUGCCUGACGAUGUCUUUGGUGUUUGGUCGUCUGACCACCAAGAUAAUCCUUGCGCAUCUUACCCGACAGCCAUUUCCAUACUGGACGGUUAUGCUAUGGCCCCUGAUAGGAGGGGCAGUUCUUGCAAACUUGCCGAUUUUGGCACCCCUGGUCGGAAUGGAGUCUAAACCUUUGGGAGCGACCGUCGAGAUCGGGUACCUCUGGGCCUACUUCCUCUUUGCCAACGUGAUCUACUUCAGAUGGGCCAUACUGGUAAUCAACAGUAUAUGCGACUAUCUUGGUAUCAACUGCCUCACCAUACCAACUCCCAAAAAGCAAAAGCUUGGCAUAUUAGACGGUAAAAUUGAUGACGCAAAUGGAACCAAAUCAGAAAGUCUUUCUGUUCCCGAUCGACCAGGCCUCCGUACAAGAAGUAACUCCAAGAGAGAUUGA